UUUUUUUUAUGGAAUUUUGAAUUUCCGGCGGCAUAACCCGGCCUACCACGUCGAACCGCGGUGGUCCUGACCUUAUCACAGUUCCUUAUCACCAGACCUCCUUACACACACCAACCGGCUCGAGACCAACGACCAGACCAAAAGACCACUGCAGUUUCCGACAUCAGUUAAAACUCUUCGCCUACUUGGGGGGUUUGGGGGUCUCCCCCAUCGACGCUCGGAGAGCUAGUACCUAUAUAAAACACAAAAGUUGUUUCUAUAUCCUUUAUGAUGCAUUCCUAAACCAUUCAUUCGAUUGCGAUCAAAUUUGGUACAGAUGUAGAUUAGACAUCGGGGAAAAAGAUAGGCUACAUUUUGUCGCAAAAAAGGUAAAUAAUAGGUCAAACCCGAGGAGGUUCUCAAACAAGGAUUUUGAGAUUUAUUAUGGACAUUUUUGUUUAUUAAUGGUUGCUAUUGGUUUUAAUAAUAUUUAUUAUUAUUAUUAAUGCGAUAAGCCUGUGUAUUUUGGUACAGAAUAUAUCAAGUUUGAACCACUACUUCGCCGGUCGGGAUGGCUAUAAAUUAAAAAAUAAUAUCAUUUACACUUAAGACUAUCAACACACUUCUACAGCGUGUUACACCCAAAAGGAGUUGAACAAUCACAAGAACCUAGUAACACUAAAGCAUUACCGUGUCAGCUAGUAAUAUAUACUAUAUAUAACUGAUAACAUAGUUAUUAUCGUUGACCGAUUACAUCAUGACUAGGUAUGAUAAUAUAUUUUUAAUAAUAAAAUAUGUAUUUAUUGUUGUCGCCGAGUUAUAUUUUUAAUUAAUAUCCACCUGAUGGCAUAGUAACGUCUACAAUAUUUGUAUCUAUAGAUAUAUUACAUUCUAGUUUUACAUAAAAUAACAACUUAAUAUUAAACAAUAGACAUGUUAUUUUUCUCGUAACUACUAUACCGAAAUACCGUCGUAAAGUCAAUGAACGCAAUCAAUUCUGUUUAGAAAAUAUAAAUUGAACACGUUUUUUUGUGAAAGGACAUCUAUAAUAACAUAAUGGCUGGAAUAAUGCAGCAGCUAAGUAUUGAAGAGAAAAUUAACGAGGAUUUUUUAUUCUUUUUAGAACAUUUUAAAGCAGCAUUUGAUUCGUUAAAAUCUGAAAGUGAAAAAGAGAUAUGCAAAAAAUGGUUACAUAAACUCGCAAUUGAACCGUAUAAAAAUACAAAUGAAAAACAAGCACGUAAUAUAUAUUUGUCGCAACUUAUUUUAAGUAUGAACACCCGUAAGAUGACCACUCCGUUCAACGAAACCCCAAAACCGGGUCCGCUGUCUUUGGACGGCGUAUUUCCGGAAAUAACUACCAAAGCCAGCGUGGAAGUCGAAAAAGAAAAAGAAAUCAAUGAAAACAAACAGAAAUGGAUGAAAUUCGUUAAAAAUCGAGAAUUGGAAAUGGUCGACUUGAAUCAUUUGUCGAACGAUGGGCGUACUUACAUAGCGUGCAAGACUUUGCCUGAAAAUGCCGGAUUGUUUGCAUACGUUGCCGUGACGGUGGGUGGAAAUACGGGCUGUUGGGUUAAUUCGUGCGGUCGACCAAUCCAAACACCUGUAGUGAAACCGAUAGAUUUAAAAGUGGAAGCGUCCAACACACCGAAAAGUAACUGUGAACAAGAGGACAAAGUGUAUCAACUGACGGCCGAAGUUAGAACAAUUUUGUCAAAUCGAAAGUCAAAAGAAUCCCGGACGUUGACUUAUGAAUUUUUCAAAAGAUUACAUAAUAACAUUGAACAGGAAAUGUUGUCAGAAGAGGAUCCUAACAGUACUGCUUGCCACGAUCCAUACAUCGAGAAGCUACUUGAAAAAUUAAUAGCUGAAAGCAAAGGAUGUGAUAACUUCAACCCACACUUAUUCAAACGUAUAAAAAUGCUUUCGAUGUUGAAAAAAAGAGUGAAGAAUAUAUUACAAGAAAUCGAAGAGCGUGAACAAAAACUUCAAAACCUUGUAAUCGCUUCGACUUCUCCGAUACUAUCUCUACUUAGCCCAGCCUCGACCUGUUCAAAUUCCAUGACCGAAAUGAUGUGGCAAGGAGCAUUGAUGGAAAAACCCACCAGCAAGAUGGCCGACACGCUGGCCAAGGCAUAUCCUGUAUGUCUGGUUAAAAUGUUGUUGGCACUGUUGGCGCGGGAACGUCGAAAAAUCAUAAAUCAGCUGCAGGAAAAGCAAGAAAAAUUGAUAGUUUCCGUGAAGAAAGAUCUACACAACGAAAUCAAAAGGGGCAUAAUGGCUUACAAGGUGGCCAGAAAAGAAUGGGUGGACGUGAUGCGCGUCGUGAUGCAUUACAACAAGAUAAAAGAAAGUCUGGCCGAAAAAGACAUCGGAGGCAGUUCGAACAGUACCAAAGGCGAUUAUCUGCAGGAAACGAUAAUGAAGGAAAUCGAAGACACCAUGAAGCGACUGGAGAAAGGCAAUGGGAAAAAUGAAAAGCUGGUAGACGACAUUUGUGAGUUGAACAAGUGCAUACACGUGAUUACGGAAAAAAUAGAGCUCGAACGAGUGCAAGCCGAAGACCAAUUACGCGAUUUUCAAAAUGAAAUAUGCACUGAAAAAAGUUUGAUUAUGAAUAGAGCCCAGACUAUUACGAAAUUAGAAAAAAUGGUAAAAGCGACGCAAAAAUAGUUUUGUUUAUUGUGAUUUGAAUACCUACGUCAAUAAUAUAAUAUGUGAUUUUGAUGAUUAUAAUGUUGUGUUGGACACUUGUUUUA